UAUAAUUAUGAUGAGUAAAGUGGUCAAGAGAGACUAGAUCAGAUCAUUUACUCACUAGCUAAAUAUGCACAAGAAGCUAGCUGCUAGCCACCUUUGUUUUGAGAAGUUGCUCUCAUCAUGCAGCUUUUGAAUCACCGUCAUUUAUCUCAUCUUACACCCUUGUCUGAGUGAGAGAGGUCUUGCGUGAGUGAUUCUACCUUUUGAAACAAAUUUUAUGGUUUGGACUCUAGAAACAAUAUUUACUGUUACCAAAUAGCGAAAAUAGGAGAGGGCUCUGAAUGAAAUGUCAACUACUCCUAUAUAUUUUGGGUUCUCCUUCUCCCCGAUCGAGUCUCCCGGGCCUCUCUAGCUAGCUAUAUAUCCCAUCCAAACCGGCCGGCGAGCAUAGUUCCUAGCAAUGAACCCAUCAGACAUGGACGGAAUCGUCUACGGCCACCGCGUAUCUACGGUGGUGCCGGCCAGCAUAACCGAGGGGGAGGAAAAGAUGACCCACAAGCUGACCAACGCCGAUUUGGCGAUGAAGCUCCACUACGUAAGAGGGGUGUACCUCUUCCGAAGCCAAGCCGUGGAGGGGCUGAGCACCGUCCACCUGAAAGACUCGCUAUUCCCGUUGCUCAACUCGUACUACCCGGCCGCCGGCAGGAUCCGGAGGUCCCCGCCGGAGGGAGGCCGCCCGUUCAUUAAGUGCAAUGACAGUGGCGUCAGGGUCGUGGAGGCUAAGUGCCAGAAAACCGUCGAUGAGUGGCUGGCUUUGACGGCCGCCGGUCAAUCUUCGCCGGAUCCGUACGACCGGCUUCUUCGCCCGGAUCAUUUCCUUGGUCGUGAUGAUGACUUGGCAUUUUCACCACUUCUCUUUAUCCAGUUAACGUGGUUCAAAUGCGGAGGAGUGUCGGUAGGAGUGAGCUGGGCUCAUGUCCUCGGAGACCCAUUCUCUGUUUCUCAGUUUUUCACAAAGAUGGGACAACUGGUGGCAGGCGGCGCCGCCCACCUCCCGCCGCCUCCGCCGCUUCCAGUUCGUAUUCCGGCGGCGACCGCCGACAACAACAACCCUUCUUCAUUAGGCCGCCGGGUCCCCCCAGUUGGGGAACUCUGGGAUCUCGCCCCCACCUCCAAUAUGGUGACCCACACUUACCAUUUCAGCACCAAGCAAAUAGGCCAGCUGCUGCUUAUUUCCAAGUCUUUUUUCAUUGCGAUCGCCGCCGUGAUUUGGAAAUCUCUGGCUAAAGUCCGCCGCAGCCCGGCGGGGCUUAAGUCCGUCACCGUCAUCAAAGCCUCCCAUCGCGAAGGGAAAGACGAUCUGCGGCCGGCGGCAGGCAACUGGCAGGCGGCGAUCAGCGUGGUCAAAGUGACGAUGGAUGUCGCUGAUGCUGACGUGGCGGAGUUGGCGGAGAAGAUAUCGGAGAAUGCCAAGGAAGAAAAUGGAAUUAUCGAAGAGUUCGCGGGGUUGGGAGAAAAUAACGUGCCUUCGUCCGAUUUCUACGUGUACGGGGCGAACCUGACAUUUGUGGACUUGGAAGGGGCGAAGAUAUAUGAGUUCGAACUGAAGGGGCAAAAACCAAUUUAUGCAAAUUAUACCAUUGGCGGGGUGGGCGAGGAGGGGGCAGUUCUGGUGCUGCCCGAGGAUUCGGAAGGCGGGAGGAUUGUGAAUGUGACUCUACCCGAACACCUUGGGCAGGAGCUGGCGAAUGAUCUUAAGGGCAUUCUCGGAAAUUAAUUUUAUAUUGCACCCAAAUGGGCACCCAAAGCUUUGUUUGAUUGUUUUUUUUAUUUUAAAUACGAAAUACAAGUGAGCUAAAGCUUUUUAUUUCUUCCAAAACAGAUCCGCAAAUAAUAAGAAAUUGUAAUAGAUUGUUUACAGUAAAUUUACAUUGUGUUGGACUUGUUAUUCAAGAUAGUGAUUGCAAUUCAAGCAAGUUAUGCAUUGCCCUUUUAUAUACUCCGUAAUUACUUUGUAAUAAUUAAAAUCUUUCUAAAUUU